CGUUUUUCCAAGACGGUUUUGCGGGAAAACUCCCGCUGAAGGCGCGUGCGUUUCCCCCCGCUGACUCGAGCUAAUAGCGAAAACCACCAUCGUGAUUAAAAGUGAAAACGCCGGCUACUUCAGGUCACAUGUAUUCUAUCCGUUCGACCGGACCUAAACACGCGUAUAGAAUAGAAUAUAGUACAUUAAAAUCUAUUAAAUUCGUGAUACUUGUGUGUAACUGUUUAACGAUAUAAAAUUUCAAUAAUAUACACCUAUACUCGAUUCGGUGGUGUUUUUUUCGUCGUCAUCGUGAUUUUCAUUGAUUUUUUGGUAAUAAUGCCGUGCACCCAGUGCGUCGCCGUCAGAUAAAAUGUAUUUUCAAUAACGUGAUUAAAGCUUACUUAUUCGUAUACACAACAAUACUGAAAAUAGUAUAGUAGAUAAUUGAUUGAAGACCACGUCGUCGUAUAUGCAUUAUAGUUGACACAAACUUAUACAAUGGAGCAAUUUUGGCAUGGUUUGUUGAUUGGUUGUAUCUUCACGGUGACGGUGUGCAGUUCGGAAGACACGAUACCACGUCGAGUUGUUCCAAAGUCCGAUGAAUAUCAAGACGAAAUCACCGCUGCCGAAGAUCACGAACACCACAGGAUCAUCAUCGUGGUGCCCAAAGAAAUGCCGCAGCACGUGAACCACGUGCACACGUACAAGCUGGCCGGAAAGGGAAUACCGCUGAUCCACUCGGGCAAAGUGGUGCACGACCACAAGCACAGCGGCAAGGUGGCUCACGAUCACGGGCACGUGGGCAAAUCCGCUCACAGUCACAAGCACGCCGGCGCGUACGGCCACCAGCACAAGCACCUUGGCUACUUGGGACACAAGCACUUCGGCAGCUUGGGCGUCGUUGGGCAAAAACCCGCGGCCCCGCAGCCGCAGCCGCCGCCGCACAAGUCGUCGCUCGACCAUCACCACAACCGCGGCCACCAUCACCACCAUCCGCUGCAUCUGCACAACGCCGCCCACCAGCUGCACUUGCAGCACCAGCACCAGCAGCAACUGCACCAGCAGCAGCUGCUGCAGGCCGGCGACUAUCUGGUGCAGCAGCACGGCGCGGCGGGCGGAAGUAGCGGCGUGCUGCAGGCGGGCGGACGUAGGCCCGCUUCCGGCGGCGGUCGCGUACAGUUCGUGCCGUCGUCCAAGCCGCGGGGCCUGGGAUCGUUCAUGCCCGCGGAGAUCCAACAGUACGUGCAGCACGGCGCCGUCGUCCAACAACAGCAGCAGUUGCAACAACAACAGUUGCAACACCAGCAGCAUCAGCAGCAGUUGCAACAUCAGCAGCAUCAGCAGCAGCAGCAGUAUCAGCAGCAGCAGCAACAGCAACAGUACGCGGAAUACGACGACGACGAGAGCGUCGACGGCGGUGGCCGUAGCGCACCGCCGCCCGCGUACAACGUGAUACAGUUGCGGGUGCCCGAUCACCAAGAACCGAACGUCAUCAAGCACGUGGACAUCGAUUUGGUCAACAACGUGGCCAAACUGCAGACCAGCGAAAAGCAGCAGCCAGUCACAGCUAAUUUCAAGUCGGUGACGCAGUACAACAAGGUGAUCGGACACGGGCGAGCGGUGGCCCCGGCAAAUGUCGAGGACGAGUUCGACGCGCAGACGGACGACGAGGACGUGGGCGGCGAGUUGUUGCUGGAAGACGUCGGUUACCGGUUCGGCGAGGGUUACAGGCUGGCGAUGGACGGUGGUUCAGGAUCCGGUGACUUUUCCGCCGCCCAGGAACAGGACGAGGAGGAGGUGGACGAGUCGUUCAAGGAACCCUCGGCCGACGAACCCUCCGACGGCGGCGGCGGCGGCGGCAACAACGCCUACAGUCAGGCGUACAGUUUACAGUUCUGAUAAUAUAAUAACCUCCAACAGUCAACACCAUAACCGAGUUUUAUGAGAUUGUUAUAUUGUUAAAUUAGUUUUGUAGUUUCUUCGAUUUUUUUUUUUUACGUAUAAAUUAUUUGUUUUUGUUACUAUUUUUGCUUUUAUUUUGUUUUUAUUAUGUAGUGUUGUAUUAUUUGUCGUUGUAUAACUUACUAUACUUUACGUACGGAUAUAUUAUAUUAAUAUAAUAAUAUAUUUUAUACUAUAUUAUAUAAUAUUUUAGUCGUAUGUUUUUCUCCAUGUAUUUGUUUGCCACAAACUUCUACAUUUAGAACGUUUGAAUUAACUAUUGUAUAAAAUCGUAACGCAGAUUUAUGAAAAAAACUUUAUUAAAAAAUAUAUAAUGUUUUAAAAAAUCUGCAAUAUUUUCCGUUGUACCAUUUAAAACGUUUAACAGAUAAAACGAAAACUACAAAUUUACGAUGUAUGUUUUUGGCUUUAAAAUGGUUCUCCGUUGAAAAAUAAAACCAAAAAAUU